UCAGAUGACAUCCUGUGUGGGGAAAAAGGCUGAUGUCUGGGUGGAAAGCGGUUUGGAGAGGGGGAAGAGAAAAACGGAGGGAGGGAUCUGUUAGUCACACGUCUUUUGCAUUUCUUAAAUGUGAGGGUUGUCACGGAUUUUCACCUCGUCCGGAUGGGGUGAAGAAGUUGCCACACACCCAACCCCUUCGAGCUAGUCGGGCAGAAAGAGAUAAAGUGAAAAUGCAGAAGGCCGCUAAAUAACAUGACAGCACAGCAGGACCGAACCUCCGAGGACUGAGGACAAGACUUGAUGCUUGUCUCACUGGAGCGAGCGGCACCGAGGAAACUUCACAGAGGAAACCUGAGGACGACGGGAGAUGCGGGACAUCAUGUGGAUUCGCGCCGCAGUCAUCCUCUUGGUAUCUGAAGCAUGGAGCCUGGACCCAGGAACUAACCAAAGCUCGUCUGUCAACUCAAGCACUGGUGUUAUCAGAAAUUUAAACUUCAACCUGGGGAGGGCUGUCAACCUGACGUGCAGCGACAAAGCAUGGAAUGAGACAAUAUAUGUCAUUUGGAAAAUUCAGCUGAAAUACAGAAACUGUGAGGUUUCCUUCAGCAUCGAGGACCAAAGCAAAGACACCUGCGGCGAUGGCAAGUCGCUCAGAAACAGUUCCACAUCUCGGUCGUACCUGCACAUCCCGAAGUUCUCGGCUGAGGAUGUGGGGGUCUACAAGUGUGACUUUGUUUUCAGCGGGGGAAACCAAAUCUGUGUGAUCCACGUGGGGAUCACAGCUCCUCCCACUAUAUCGGCCUGGUUAGAGCGAAGGGACAACAAGGUGGUGGCUGUGUGCAGAGCUGAAAGAGGAAAACCUGCUGCAUAUAUCAAGUGGAGUCACAGCAGAAACUCAUCGUCCGUGGAAACGCUCGAGCGCGACGGAUUCAUCACAGUGGAAAGUCGACUGGAGCUCGAGGAGGGCAUGGAUACAGAGAACCUGACCUGUGCUGUCAGGCACACGUUAUGGGAACAGGAGAGGAUUCUGGUGCCAGAACAUGAAGAAGGUUAUUUCCCUUGGCUGCUCAUCCUUACCGGUGUGGGUGUCUGUGUAAUUUUGGUGGGAUUUGUAUAUUUUUUACAAAAGAAAGUUAUGUUGUUGAGGCGAUGCCAGAAGUCUGACACGUCAUCAUCAAAAACUCCACCGAGGUUAGAGGAUGUGGAAGAAGUGGAGCCCUACGCCAGCUAUAUCCAACGUGUGAACUCUAUCUAUAACUGAGCUGCAGACUUGUUGCACAUGUAUCACACUCACACACACUCACACACACACAGACACUCACACACACACACACACACACACACACACACACACACACACAGACACACACAGACACACAGACACCCACCCACACACACACACACACAGACACACAC